GUGUGUGUGUGUGUGAGAGAGAGAGAGAGACUUUCUGCACGCGCGCCUGUUCCUACAUUCCUGCUGCAAUGUAUUUUGCACAAAACGAAAAGUUACUACAUAAACUGUUUUUUCCUGUAUGCAGUAUGUUGUUUUGUGUGUGUGUGCGUGUAUUUGCGUUUCUGGGAGUCGCAGUAUCUGUGUGCGUAAGCGUGCGUAAAGACCGACAGGCUCGAGCGCUUCAUUUCGAUUCACCGGGGACCCCUGCGCGCAACAAGAGCCCCCCAUGGGUGCAAUAGUGCAAGCGCAGGCGGCGGUGAUUGGCCAGAGGUUGAUCAGAUGGUACACUUCCCCUCUGUAUUCAGUGGCACCUCACAACCCCCCACCCCCCCUUUCAGCAAAAACCAAAUCUCGGAUAAAGUAAUGGCAAAACCACUUGGACUAUAAAAGACAACAAAUCAUAUUCCUCCGGAGUAUAUACACCCCGUUGUCCACCCAAUGAGUUCCUAUUUUGUUAACUCAACUUUUCCCGUGUCUCUACCGGGAGGACAGGACUCUCUCCUGGGUCAGAUACCCUUAUAUUCCUCGGGAUACACCGAUCCGUUAAGACACUACUCCAACGCGGCCACAUAUGGAGCCGCCAACAUGCAGGAGAAGGUUUACCCGGCGUCCUACUACCAGCAGACGGGCGCAGCGGCCAUCUACGGCCGGGCCGGCGGCGGAGCGCCCUGCGACUACAACCCGGUCGGGACUUUCUACAAGGACGCGGAGGGCUCGUGCGCUUUCUCGAGCCGCGAGGAGCAGCCGCUGUUUGUCACUCAGGAGCAUCAGCAGCGCAAAGCGGAGUGUCCGGAGCAGACUGUCAGCAUGAGCAGCAGCAUCGACGACAAGUCCUCCACGCUCAUCUACCCCUGGAUGCAGAGGAUGAACGCCUGCUCCGCCGGUCCAUUUGGCAACAGCGGCCGCAGGGGCCGACAGACCUACACCCGCUACCAGACUCUGGAGCUGGAGAAGGAGUUCCACUUUAACCGCUACCUGACCAGGAGGCGCCGGAUAGAGAUCUCCCACGCCCUGUGCCUGACGGAGAGACAGAUCAAAAUCUGGUUUCAGAACCGCAGGAUGAAGUGGAAAAAGGAGAACAAACUCCUCAAUCCCUCAAAGACACCCGAGGAGGAGGAGGAGGCGGAGAAAAAGAGCUAAAAAAAAGGACUCUGAGAGGAAGGCGUGUGUGUGUGCGUGUGUGUGUGUGUGUGUGUGUGUGUGUGUGCGUGCGUGUUGGUGUGCACACUCCCAAAACGAAAUGUUGUAUUAUUUCCUUGUAGAUAAAGUGCUGCAAAUCCCAUGUUAGAGACGUGUAGAGUGAUAGCCUUGGUUUCAGUAUCUGCACGGUGAUAAUGUCUGCAUUAGGUUAAAAUCAGGUCCUCCUCUGUUUGUCCUUGUGCUCGUGUGUUUAUUUUAGGGGACUAUGCAAGAAUCCGCCAAAAUGUAAAUACUUUCUAGUGUUUAGUUUUUGACAAUGUCGUUACCUCAUUAUCGUAGGCCUACUGAGUUUUACCCUCUGA